CUCCUCCCCGGCUUUUAAUCCCGCUGCUCCGGCACCGCAUCGCCGCAAAAAUAAGGGGCGAGAUCGGGGAUGGCAGCGGAGGGAGGGCUUGCGGUGGAUAUCAGCCCCUGAACGAAACCCCAUGCCCCAUCCUAGCUGGGACAACUGGGGAACGGUGGGAUCCCGGAGGAGCUCCCCAUGCCUGCCCAGGUGGAUCGUGGACAGAGUUUUUUGGAGCUGCCGGGGCAGCAGCCACGCGCUCCAUCCUGCCGCCGUCGCUGCAAGGAGAAAGCAAUCCAGGGAAGGAGAAGACGAAGUGCCACAGGGCUAAUUGUCUGGUCUUUGCCCGACUCCAAGGCAGGGAGGAGAAGCAGAGCUGGUCCCACCUCGGCAUGGCUCACAGCCAGCUCCCGAAUGACUCCUGGCAGAACGGCUCAGCCCCUCUCUUCACUGGCCUUGACCUCCUCCUGGAGCUCAAACCGCUCUUCAUCCCACUCUACGCCACCCUGGUGGCCGUGGCGUGCACGGGGAACCUCUUUCUCAUCCUCCUCAUCGCUCUCACCAAGAAGCUGCACUGCACCACCAAUUUCCUGAUAGGGAACCUGGCUGCAGCCGACUUCAUCAUGUGCCUGGCCUGCGUCCCGCUGACCGUCUCCUAUGCCUUCGAGGUGCGGGGCUGGCUCUUUGGGAUGUUCAUGUGCUACUUCAUCACCUUGAUGCAGGCCGCCACCGUCUUUGUCUCGGUGCUGUCCCUCACCGCCAUUGCUGUUGACCGGUACGUUGUCGUGGCGUACCCCAUCCGCCGGAGGAUCAGCCGCAAGUCCUGCGUCUGCAUAGUGGCCUGCAUCUGGUUGUUCUCCAUCAUGGCCUCUGUCCCGACCUCCCUGCACACCCAGUACUUGGAUCUCAACACCAUUGGCCAUGACAUGAUCAUCUGCGAAGAGUUUUGGAAGCAUGAGGAGAGGGAGCGGCUACUGUACUCGUGCUUGAUGCUCCUCCUGUCCUACAUGCUCCCACUGUUGGCCGUAUCAGUCUCCUUCUGUGCCAUUACCUACCACCUGCGGCGGAGGAACGUCCCGGGUGCUGCCUACCCCUGCCAAGACAAAUGGACCAAAACAAAGCAGAAAACCUUCCGCGUGCUCACCGUCUCGGUGGUGUGCUUCGCAAUCUGCUGGCUGCCCCUCCAGGUGGUGAACUUCAUCAGAGACAUCGACGAGGAGUUCACCAUCUUGGACAAGAGGUACGUGAAUGUCAUCCAGGUCUCAUGCCACUUGAUCGCCAUGAGCUCUGCCUGCUAUAACCCCUUCAUCUAUGCCUCCCUCCAUGACAAGUUCCGCUUCCACCUCAGCAGCUACUUCUACCGCAAGAAGAAGAGCUCCAGCAUCGUGUCCUGCAAGGCCUCGCGAUUCAACACCUGCUCCACGUUGGCAGAUGCUCCAGCUGGGAUCUCGGAUAAGAUAGCUUUGCAAACCAGGUUCUCUUAGCUGAAGUUCCCCAAAAGACUUACUUGGUCUCAGAUCUGGCGUGCACUUUGCUUUAGGCUGGACGUAGGAGCUGGUUGUGGUGGUUUGUUGCUGUUCCCAGAAGAUUUCUUGUGCCUGACAAGCGGCAAGCGCAAGGCAAGCAGCAGAUGGGAUGGGUGUCUUUGAGGAGCAGCUCCUCUGAGCAUCUCAAGGAUGUUUUCUUCUUGGCAGCAAAGCAAAAUGGUGCAACAACAACCACCACAGCCACACAAAGGUGGAGCAGUCCUGAGCAGGACUUGCCUGCUAGCCCUUGUGCAGACACACAGGACCUCGGGUAGGUGUUUCCAUCAGGCACAGCUAGAGAGAAGCAAGUGUCAAUGAAAUAGUUGUUGCUUGCCUGUUGGAACAGAACAACGUAUGUAUAUCCAGAUGAAUGACUGGACACAUAACCAGUCUGAUAUAGUGCUCUAAGCCUCAGUUUUCAGGAACGCUUACACAUCAACACGUCCAGAGUCUGCCUCGACAUUCGCCCUUGCUCCAUGUGCCAAGGAGAAGUGCUGGGUCGUGCAGCGCGGCUGGAUAUGGGGUCUAUACCCUAUAUCUCCAAUCACAGCUGGCUAUAGUAGGUGGCUGGUCUUGUAUCCAGCACGAAAGACCUCUCCUCGUGGUGUAUUCAGGGGUGGGUCAGCUUCUCAGCAAGGCGUUCGGUGCAUUUAACACACGUUGGGUGCAUUUAAACAAGUCUUUGGGCUGCACAUCUUCAUUUUGCGGGAUAAAGAUUGUUCCUAAGCAACAGAUAGCAUUUUCUGCCUCUGGAGGAACACUAGCUCUCACAGGUAGCAGUUAAAUAGCUGUGCAUUUUUUUGUUUGUUUAAAUUGCAGUCCAUUGGUGAAAGCACAAUAUACAGCCAGAAGCAUGCAUUUUUCUGACAGCGAGCGUGUGGGUGCAUGCGGCUGCCUGUAGCAGAUGGCUUGUUUUGAAUGGGGGGAAGACUUCCAUAAUCUACUUGUCCUUCUGAAGGAGUCAUCUGUGUAAUCUCACUUGGAGGUCCCCAUUUCUCAAGUCAUCAGCAUGCAGCCAAACAAGGCAGACGUAGCCGGGGCACAUCAGUAAGCUUCGGGCAGUUCUUCAUAGACAGGCAGGGCUCAAGGGAAUGGGGUGGUUGGUGAGUACAAUGUCAGUUUGUGUGCUUGCUGGGGAAGAAGUUUUAAUCCCUGCUCAGAGUAGUUUAAGACCAUGUACAUCCAUGUUCAUGCUCCUUGGGUGGCAGUGGGAAUCCCGGUGAUGGACUGCUGUAACCCAGAAACUGCUGGAUAAAGGGUGGGUUGGACUCUUCUUGGUGUCUCCAGAUGCUUGGCACAUCUGAGGUCCAUUAGCAGGGCUGUGCAAGCAGCACAGCAAGAAGGCAUCAUCUCUUUGUUGGCCAGCUCAGCUUUAACCUCUUGAUUUCCCAUGAGGAAUCGUUUGGAGACAUCAGCCCAAGGGCACCAGCACAGAAUCACAGAAUUGCGCUGGUUGGAAGGGACCUCAAUGCCUGUCCAGUUCCAACCCCCUGCCAUGGCAGGGAUGCCACCCACUAGAUCAGGUUGCAUAGGGUCUUGUCCAACCUGGCCUUGCACACCUCCACGGAUGCUCACUAUGAGCGCUGAGUUUCAGGGUCACAACUGCUGCAGGCUACCUAAGGCAACGCCUUUGUGCCACCAUCCACUGCUGUGCUCCAUGGGGCCAAGCAACAGAUCUCCCACUGCUCUUCACAGCCAGGGAUAGGACUUCAAAGCCCCCAGCUGGCAGGUCCUCACCUCUGGAUGAAAGCUCUCCAUGGCCUUGGCUGUCACUCCUCCAGUGCAAAUGAAGCUGGCGGACCCUAACAAUUUUGGGGAACUACGUGCUGUUGGCUCACCUUCCUGCUGCAACAUUUAUGGUCCUAAUGGCCAUCCCGGCACAUUAUCGUGUGUUCAGCUGGCUGAGAUGGGGACCCACCAAACGCAAUGCCACUCACCCCAUUUGCUUCUCGCAGCUUUCCCAUGGCUAUGUGCUCAGGAGCAGAGGCCAGAACUGCUCGUGCUGGAGGAGCAAACCAGAGCAAGCCAGGAGCACUGCUUGUCCCUUCCUCUAAUAAAGGCUUAAAAAGCUCAGGCUGUGUGUUUGUAUUGAUUCAAAUCCCAAAAAAAUAAGGCCUGCAGUUGCUCUCCUUGAGCGCAACUUGAUCACAUCGCAAGAAACCAAUCAAUCUGGAGAUGUUUUUCUCUGCCACCAUCGCUGGCUGCUGCUCGGGGGUCAGCCGCUGAUCAGGGCUGGAGCACUGGGGCUGCCUGAGGUUUUGUGAGAGCUCUGCCAAGAAAUAGCUCUGUAUUUUAUUUUAUUUUUUUCAUUUACAAGGUAAUGACUCAUGAUGUGUUUUUGCUCACUUUGAUUUCUCACCACAGCACCACAAAUAUCCCGUACCUGCAUGAAAUUUUGCAGUAGAAAAUAAUUGGUCUUGCAGGCAAGGGCAGCCUCUGAGCCGCUUCUCUUCAUGCUGGGAGAAGUCCCAGCAUUACAAGAAAAGGCACAAACCUCCCAAAUCUCCAGGCGUAUUCUUAUGUAAUAAACCUGCCCAUCAGGGACUUAAAAACCAAACCGGUACCGGGAUGAGAAUGUCAGCAGGCAGCACAAAACCUAGCAAAGAAAAGGGUAAUGAAGUUUAAAAGCUAGCUUUUAUGCUGAUACAUGUAAGGUGAAUGUUUUCAGGGCUGAAAUAUGGGGGUUUCCUAUUCAACAGGUCCAAUUCCAGACAGCUUCCCUGGAGCCAGCAUUGCUUUAAAGCCUCCCGUGCUCUGCAGCAGCAAGAGGGGCUCUGAGCUUCUGAGGGCGGUGAGAUGGGUACAGAGCUAUUUUGCCAUUUGGCUUUUUGGCGGAGGCCUUGGGAAGGCACUAAAACGGCCUGGAGUUACUAAAAGCAUUUAAGAAUCUUGCAGUUUUGGUGGAAAAAUGGAUGUCGCUGGUAACUCUGCACUAAACUGGGCCACUACACUAAGUCCUGCUUGUCUGCAUGUUGCUGAAGAGCACAUGGUGCUCACAGAAGCACUGUGCUUGAUAUGAGCACUUCUACUUUUAAUUAACUCAGGAAAAAAAAUGGUAUGGAAAAGUCAUUAAGUCACCCCUUCCAUCACACAGUGGUCAUGUUUCCCAGCUGGGUGCGAAUCGUGCUGCUGAGCACAGGAUCAGAGGAAGUCCUGGACAGGGGUGAAUCAGGUGGGACUCAGCCAAGUGCUCGCGAUCAUCUUUAGUUAAUGUUUUUCACAAUAAUCACAUUUCCUCCCUGGCCUUUCAGCUUAGUCAAGCUGCUUGGCUGCUCUGAUUUCAGCCGUGUGGGUUGUGUUUCCUUGGGAGAGGAGAAGCACAGAUCCAGGAGGAGGAUGGACAGACGGACAGAUUAUCUGCUGGGCUCAUGUUCUCCGGGCAGUUAGAGCUGCUUUGCUCACCUGAGCUCUUAGUGAUGCUGCCAUCAUGGUUUCUCUACCAAGCACAGAGCUGCCUAUGAAUCAACAGAAAAAAAAACAAAACAAAAAAACCAAA